AUGACUAGGAUAGAUAACUCCAUUACUCAAUUAGUUAGAUUGUUUUAUCUGUAUUUUCUUCCAUUUCGUGAAAAAUACAGUUCAUCGUCAAAUGUACUAACUAAUUCAACACUAAAAAGUAACAUUUGUGCUUCACCAGUAGAAUUCAAAGAUGCAAUUGGUCGAACAAAAUUUCAAAUGGAGCAAACUCAAGAAAGCAAUCAACAUCAAUGUUUUAAAGUGAAUGAAAAUACACAGAGUUUAUCGUUUGAUUCUGUUAGUAAUCCAAAUAUUGAAUAUUCGCUAAUGAAUAAACCACCCCUCAAUAAUUAUGAGAAAGUUCAGCCCAAUGAUUGGACUCAUUAUGGAAGCACAUUACGGACAAAUGAGAAACAAGCUUUACCUAUCUAUGAAUUAGCAUCAUUCCCUUACCACUGUCAUAACCAUCGAACAGUUCAUCGUCAACCAAAUGAAAAUUUCCCACGUAAUCCACAUAACCAUAUUCAUUCAACCUAUUCAUUUCAUAUUUCAGAUGAGUACAACGAAUCAGAUGCAGAAGUGAAUUUUCUUUUAGUUACCUCUAAUAAGCAGAAAACAAACACUGACAAUAUUCCUAGUACUAAUUUAAUCAAUACAAACAGUAGCAGUAAUAAUAGUAACAGUAAUUUAGGUAAAAGAUCAAAAAGAGCAAGAACAGCCUAUACUCAAACACAAUUAUUAGAGCUAGAAAAAGAAUUCUGGUACAGUCAAUAUCUCUGUCGGCCUCGCCGGAUUGAAAUAGCUUCAGCACUUAAACUAUCAGAAAAGCAAAUCAAAGUUUGGUUUCAAAAUCGUCGUAUGAAAUUUAAACGUCAAAAACAUUCAGAAAGCGCAUAUUUAUCUACAAAUUUUGAAACAACAGAUAUGCAAAAUUUAUUUACACGAUCAAGAUUUUCAACACCAUGUCAGUAUUCAGUCAGUGGAAUCGGUGUAUCAUCAGAAAGCAGAUCAUCCUUAUGGUUUAAUCCUAACUCUCAAAUUCAUUCACAUAAUUCUUGUAGAUAUUUGAAAAGUAAUGAUGAAACAACUGAAGAAUGUGCCACAGAAACAUAUUCAAAUAAGUUAAAUAGUGAAACUGUUUCACUAAAUAGGGAAAUACAUAAAACAGCUACACUAAUAAGUAAUAGUUAUCCAUGCCGAAGUAAUAUACAAUUUCCAAGUGAUUCUAACAUCAGUCAUGCAAAUGAGUCUGGCAGUAGGUGUUGUAUCAAUGGUAUCUCAUUGCCGAUUGAUACUUGCUCUUCUUAUUAUAAUGAUAUAUGUCCAAAAACAUUUCAUAGUGAAGAAUACCAUUCAAGAAAUCAGUCUCCUUAUGCAAAACAUGAAGAUAAACAAUUGCAUAAACAUAAAAAUGAAACAGAAAUGAAUCCCUACAUCACUCAGAAUUUCUUCCAACAGUAUCCAUGUAAUUACGAAAAUCACUUGUCAGAAUUCAGCCUGUCUGGAGGAACAUUAUCUAGAGAUGAGGAAUUUAGUUCAAAUAACUGAAAAGUACAACUGAAUAUAGGGUAAAAGUUGUUGAAAAGAAGAAAUACCUAUUUAACAUUCAGCCAAUUACGUAUUAUUAACACAGAAAGACUAGAAAAUUAAAAGGAAUUCAUACAAUAUAAAGAUGCAUGUCAUUUACGAUAGUCAUUUUUCUUGUAGUGAUCCCAUAUGAAUCUCUUCAAGAAACGAUCUGCUGGUAAUCAGCCUUAAUAGUAAAAUACCUGACCAUAAAUUCAACACUGUGAAAGCAAUUUAUGAUAAUACAUUGAGUUUUUAAACGAACUUCUGUUCAUUUUUCCUCCCUUUCCUCAUUGUUUUUCAAUGAAUGUUUAGAUGAUGUUUAACUGUGAUGGCCAGUUGAUUUAUCAGCUUAAGUAAAUAUACCCGUUCACUUCAUACAGCUGGGAGUCAACACUUCAUAGGUUAUUAAUUUACUUGCAUCACAGUAAAAAAACC